AUGGACAUUGUCACAAUCUUCAACAACGUUAUAUCAGAAAUUGAUAACGAUUCUUCUCGUAUCCAAUUCUUAACUUUUACUGCAAUUCAGAGUAUUGCACGAGCACAAGAAAUUGUGGAUAUUAUCAACACCUCACUACUUCGAUUUGUUCAUAGUCCAGAACAACAAGUAUAUGUUUUGUAUGUUAUUGACUCAAUUGUAAAGAAUGAUUCAACUAGAACUUAUCUUCAGUUAAUUUGUCCAGGACUAGACGAGAAGGUAGUUGAUGUUUAUCAUGGGUGUCAUCAACAAUUGAGACAAUACAUUAUUGAUUUAAUCAACACAUGGAAUGGAUCAUUUCCAAAUGAAAUUAUUCAAUCAAUCAUCAGACAAAUCAACCCACCUGAACCAAUUGUUCAACCACCACUACAACAAUACUACCAACAAAUCCCACAACAACAAUUACCACAACCACCAGCUCAAUACCAACAAUACUUAAGUCAACAACCAAUGAAAAGAGAACCAGAGGGAUUCAAUCAAGCAGCCAUGCCACCUCAAAAAAGGAUGGUUAAUCUUUAUGAAAAUCCUGAAUUACCUUCUAUUGGCAUUGAUGAAGAAAUAGCAACAAACCCAUAUAUUCAAAGCGUUGUUGAACAACCUCCAGAACCUCCAAUUGAACCAACACCGAAUGUAAAUGAAGUCGACACUAUUGAUUUAAUGAAAGGUUCUAGUCAUCAAGAGCCAAAAGAAGUACAACCAGAACCAACUUUAGAACCUAUUCAACAAACAAUUAUAGUUACAAGAAAAUAUAACUUGGACCCUCAGUGUGAUAUUUGUGGAGUUCAUUGUCAUAAUAUCGAUCAACACAAACAAUGGCAUCAACGGUGUGACGCCCUAAAAGAUGGUAUUAGUAGAGAUUGGUAUGUGUCAUCCAACACCUGGAUUACUGAACCUAUUUCAGAACAUGCAACCAUUCAAGCAUUUGCUGCAGAUAAAGAAGAAGAAGCAAAAGCACCACAAAAAGUUGAAGAGAUUCCUGAACAAUCACAAGUUGUUUUAUAUCCAAUUGACGAACACUCAAUGAAUUGUGAUAUUUGUAAGGAGAAAUUUGAAAUAUCAGAUGAUGGAUUACAUUUCAAGAAUGUUAUUGCAGGUAAAAACGGUAAAUUAGUACACAAAGAAUGUGCAGAACAUGUUUAA